AUGGCAAAGCGGGCAUUGAGUGAAACGGAAAUUAAUCAAAAGACGAAUCUCAGAGCCGACAAAAAGAUAAAGAUUCAGGAUGAGGAAGCACCAGAACCAAAAACCUCAGGCGUUGCGCUACCGUUGUCAAACAACGACUAUACCGUUGGCUGGAUUUGCGCGAUAACCACAGAAUAUGUUGCCGCGCAAGCAUUCCUUGACGAGACGCACGGGGAGCCGGAACAUCUGGCUAUUAAUGAUAAUAAUAUCUAUACACUCGGAAAGAUAGGAAAGCACAACAUCGCUGUUACCGUCUUACCGUAUGGAGAGUACGGGACGGCUUCUUCAGCAACAGUUGGAACGCACAAGCGGCAUUCGUUCCCAAACAUACGGAUCGGCCUAAUGGUCGGGAUCGGGGGAGGGGCUCCUAGUCGCAAGCAUGAUAUCCGUCUGGGCGACAUUGUGGUUAGCACUCCUCGCGAUGGGAAGGGUGGUGUGAUCCAGUAUGAUUUUGGUAAAACAAUACAAGAUCAAUGCUUUCGCCUGACUGGCUUCUUAGACCAGCCUCCUCUGCUUUUGCGCACAGCGGUUAAUGCCCUGAAGGCCAAGUAUGAGGUCGAUGGCCACCAGAUUGAAGAUUCAAUCGAUACUGUCUUUGACCAGAGACCACGGCUACGAAAGAACUACCAGCGGCCGGAUCCGAAAUCAGACAUACUGUAUCAAGCUGACGUUGUCCAUUCAGCCUCGGAUGAUGAAAGCUGCGAGCAUGUUUGUGGGACCAAUGACUCUCCAAAAAGGGUAGUUCUCAGGUCACCACGGGAUAAAGAAGAGGACAACCCGGCUAUUCACUAUGGAAUGAUUGCGUCGGGCAAUCAGCUCAUGAAGGAUGCUCUGAUUCGGGAUAAGCUUGCAGCGGAACAGGACAUAUUAUGCUUUGAGAUGGAGGCAGCAGGAUUAAUGAACCACUUUCCAUGCCUAGUCAUCCGUGGUAUAUGUGACUACUCGGACUCUCACAAGAACAAGAAAUGGCAAGGGUUUGCUGCAAUGGCAGCAGCAGCUUAUGCGAAGGACCUGCUAUAUCGAAUUCCAGCAAGCAAGAUCGACGCGGAAAAGAAAAUGGCUGAUAUUAUAUCGAACGUUCAAGAGACGGUCACCGGUGUGUCGAGAGAAGUCAGCACCUUACUUCAUCGCCAACACGAUGAGGAAGAUGAAGAGAUACUAGAUUGGAUUACACCAGUCGACUAUGCUCCACAACAAAACGACUUCAUUAAGAGGCGACAACCGGGUACUGGCCAAUGGCUUCUGGACUCUGAAGAAUUUUGUGCAUGGGUUGAGGGCAAAGGACAAGGACUGUUCUGCCCAGGAAUCCCCGGCGCAGGCAAGACAAUUUUGGCGGCAAUAGUGGUUGAUGAUCUCUGUGCAAGAUUUCAAAACAAGAGUGAGACAUGCGUGGUUUUUGUUUUCUGCAACUUCCGACGCCAUCCCGAGCAGAGGUUUGAGGACCUUCUAGCUACUCUGUUGAAGCAAAUGAUCCAACAGCAGCCCUCUAUACCUGAUGAUAUCAAGCAGUUCUAUAGCCGCCACAAAAAGCGCCGAACGCGAUUCUCUGCUGAAGAGUUGUCUCGAAUGUUACAGGCCACCACAAAGCUAUUUUCUAGAAUUUUCAUUGUCAUCGAUGCGUUGGAUGAGUGCCAAAAAACCAACGGAUGUCGCAAAAGCUUUAUUGACGACAUGUUCAACCUGCGAGCAAAUCACGGCAUCAAUCUCUUCACGACCUCUCGGUUUGUACCAGAGAUUUUAGAUGCCUUCAAGAUACAUACCAGCCUGGAGAUUCGGGCGCAUGGGGAUGAUGUGCGGAGAUAUUUGAGUGGCUGCAUGCCUCAACUACCAGCAUUUGUCUACCGAGACCCGAGCCUACAGGAUGAGAUUAAAGAUGGGAUCGUGGAUUCAGUUGAUGGCAUGUUUCUUCUGGCCCAGCUGUAUAUGGCGUCUCUCACUGACAAGAUGACCAAGAAAGCGAUCAAGUCUGCAUUGCACCAGUUUCGAAAACAGACUGCGGACCAAGACGAGAAUGAAAAAUUGCAGGUCCUAUCAGAAGCAUAUGGACAAGCACUGGAUAGAAUAAAAGCCCAGAAAACGGGCUUUCGCCAGCUCGGGGAGAGAACCCUACUUUGGAUAACGUGUGCAAAGAGACCUCUUACAGUCUCGGAGCUCCGACACGCUCUCGCUGUGGAAUCUCAGACUAACAAACUUGAUUACGAUAAUAUUCCCGAGACCGAGGACAUGGUCUCUGCAUGUGCUGGCUUGGUCACUGUUGACGAGGAAAACAACAUUAUCCGUCUAGUACACUACACGAUGCAGCAAUACUUUUCUCGGAAUCGUGAUAAUAUAUAUGCAGAAGGGGACGAGGAAAGCAUGGCAAAUACUUGUGUUACAUAUCUCUCAUUCUCGGUCUUCAGCAGCGGACCUUGCAACUCGGAUCAAGCGCUGGAAACUCGAUUAGAGAAAAAUCUUCUCUAUGAUUACGCCUCACGAAAUUGGGGUUACCAUGCUCAGAAACCAUCAGUGUCCACGAAAGGGCUGAUUCUAAAAUUCCUUGCAAGUACGAACUCGCUUUCUGCCUCAUGCCAAGCGAUGUUAGCAGUGAAACUCUUUGCGGGUGACACUGAAUACGAACGAACAGUACCAGGGCGAAUGACAGCUGUACAUGUGGCCGCGCACUUUGGUCUGAGCGAUAUUAUAAGUUCUCUUGCCGGUAGCUAUGAAAUUGAUUCGAGGAACUCUUUCGGGCGAACUCCGUUAUGUGUCGCCUCGCAGCAUGGACACAAUAAUGUGGUGAGGUUCUUACUAGAGAAGGAGGAGAUCGACGUAAAUGUCAAGGAUGCGACUCGUUCACGGUCCCCCUCUCUUGGGCCGCGGGAAAUGGACACUUCAAAAGGGCGUACACCGUUGUUACAGGCCGCAGCAAAUAAUCAUGAAUCAGUAGUCAAGCUUCUGGUGGAUUCGGGAAGAGUCGACUGCGACUCACAGGAUGAUGAAGGACGGACACCGCUAUCAUAUAUGGCAGAGCAUGGGUGUGAGCUCAUCUCGAAACAGCUUCUGUCUAGAGAUGAUGUAGACCCCGAUUGCGUGGAUAAAUUUGGCAUGACUCCACUCUCCUGGGCUGCACGAUAUGGACAGGAUGGUUUGGUCAAGCUGUUACUUGCCAACAAGCAAGUGAACCCGAAUGUUUGCGAUGGCAACGGCUUCUCUCCUUUGAUAUGGGCAGCAAAGCAAGGGCGCGAAAUGGUGGUGAGGUUGCUACUAGAAAAAGAGGGUAUUUCGAGAAAUCUUCAGGACGUAGAUGGUCGCACACCAUUAGCAUGGGCUGUGAAAAGCGGCCAUCUUCAUAAUAUUGACACUCUACUCUCGAACGAAGAAGUCGACCCCAACAUGAAAGACAAAUUUGGACAGACACCAUUGCUAUGGGCUGCGCAAAACAUGAGAGAGGGGGCAGCGAACCAACUUCUUGACAAGGACGGGGUAGAUCCUGAAUCCAGGGAUGACCAUGGUCGGACUACGCUUUCGUGGGUGGCAGGAAAUGGUGACGCGAUAUUGGCUAAGAGACUUAUCGACAUACACCGAGUAGAUGUCAACUCCAAGGACAAAUCCGAUCGCACGCCUCUUUCGUGGGCAGCCGAGAAUGGACACCGGACAAUUAUCAAGCUUUUACUUGCCAAGGAAUGUAUCGACGUCAACUGCAAGGAUAUUCGGGAUCGGACGCCACUCUCUUACGCAAUGAAGAACAGGCAUAGUAACAUUGUGAAACUGUUACUCGCUGAUGAUCGUACAGCUGUCGAAUCUCGCAAAAUCAUCAGCUCGGCUCCGAGCAAGGAACAGAAAGCAGCUAUCAAAGAACCAUGGGCUUCAAAUUGGCUUCAAACAAGGCGAUCCUAUGGGGGUCAACCCAGCAAAGUCAUGGUAUCCGAUAGGGCUGGCAGUCGUUCGACCGCCCUCCGUGCAAGAAGCGAGAGUCUGCCCUCGCGAAGGAAACGUGGACUCUCAACCGAUGUAGAACAUAUCGGUCGAUCAAGAGUUGAAUUAUCAGAAAGUCAAACUUGCAAAGCUAUGAUACUACACCGUGCUAGUGGAAAAUACACAUUAUCCACCUUCGAUAUACAAAGAACCUUAGGAACUGGAAGUUUUGGCCGAGUAUAUCUAGCUCAAUCGAAGUUCAACCAAAGGUUUUAUGCUGUCAAAGUGCUGGAGAAGGCCCGUGCGGUUUAUCUCAAACAGGUCAGUCACACCAACGACGAGCGCCGCGUCUUAAGUAGUGUCAAACAUCCGUUUCUUGUUUGGCUUUGGGGGACGUGGCAAGAUUGGAGGAAUAUUUACUUUGUGAUGGAUUUCGUGGAAGGCGGCGAACUCUUUUCGCUACUGAGAAAAUCAGGGAGAUUUCCGAAUCCGGUUGCCAAGUUCUACGCCGCCGAGGUUAUACUAGCACUUGAAUACCUGCAUUCCUUGAACUUUAUAUAUCGAGACUUAAAGCCAGAAAACAUUCUUCUUGACAGACAUGGAGAUAUCAAGCUCACCGAUUUCGGCUUCGCAAAGCUUGUUCCUGAUAAAACAUGGACUCUGUGUGGGACCCCCGAGUACUUGGCGCCAGAAGUAGUAGCCAAUAAGGGCUACAAUAAGUCUGUAGAUUGUUGGGCACUAGGCGUUCUCAUAUACGAGAUGCUGUGUGGCUAUUCACCGUUCUGGGACCCUAAGAAUACCAUGGUGAUCUACGAGAAUAUACUCAGGGGAACUGUUAAAUAUCCUCCCUAUCUCACCCAGCCUGCCGUACAUCUCAUGGAGAAUUUAAUAACAAGCGAUUUGACCAAACGACUGGGAAAUUUGCGUGGGGGUUCAUCUGAUAUCAAAGCUCAUCCAUGGUUCGAGGAGAUAAAUUGGCAAAGACUGGAAAAUAAGAAGUACAGUCCCCCUUACACCCCGCCAAUAGUACCUGGGGCAGGAGAUGCAAAUCAAUUUGACAAAUAUCCCGAAGACAGUGAUAUAUUUGGGUCAGUUGAAGGCAACGACAAUUAUCCAACCCUCUUUCCAGAUUUUUAA